CAUCUCCCGUUUUUAUAAUCGGAACGGCGACACGCUUUUUUCUCCGUUGUUUCACUAGAAAACCACCUCAAAACCAGCAGAUACACCAUCAGCCACUCGCAGUGUCAUUUGAUGGAGGAAGGGGAGAGUGUAUUGGAAGCUAUCUAUGAAGAAGACGACAUACUAGAAGAGGCUGAAGAUGUUGAGAUGGCUGAUGUAGAAGAAGGAGAGCUGGUUGAGCCUAAGUCACAAAUUGAUCACGGAAAGAGCAACGGUGGUGGCGAUGGCGGUGGUGGUGGGAGUGCGUGUGUCAGUGGGAAUGAAGCUUCACAGAGCAAAAACCGCAGGCGUAGGGAAAAUAAGAAGAGGAACAGGAAAAAGAGAGGCAGUCUAGGGCCAAACGUAACAGAUAUAAAUAGGUUUGUGAUAGAUACAUGUAGACGUCUGAAAGAGAAAAAAUCCUACAUGGUAUAUACUGCUGUAUCUUGCCUGGGAGUUUCUGCAUUAAGUGAUAUGGUGAAAGAGGUUGAUGCAAUUCAGGCUUGUGGAGGACAGAUGACUGCUGAUGGCAGACGCUGUCGAACUGGCGGUGGAAUAUUAUGGAACAUACUGAAAACCAGAGAACCAAUGGCCUACAAAGAGAUAAUGAAAAAGUCCAAGGACUUUGAGAAGCAACUUAAACAGCCAAAUAUUCGACAAGCACCACAGCAAAACAAGGAAGAUUCCUCUCAAGAAACUACAUUUUCACUAACUGAUAAGGUUGCAUCUAAUGGUCCAGAUGGUUCUCAAGUAGCGCCUCAAAAUCAGCAUGAACAGUACAAUGCUGAGCAGAAACUAAGAUCUGUUCAUGACAGAAUGAGGGUACCUGUUUCAUAUGAUGACCUACUUGAUAAUGAUCCAAAAAAUAAUUCUGCCUCUGCGUGAUUUUUGGGAAACGUGGAUUUUGGCUUGGUUUCACUGGGGACUUAUAUAUAGGCAUGCUGACACUUCUUCUUUUUCUUUUGAUGCAAAAUAGAAAACUCUCAUGUUUUAUUUACUGGAGAGUGUUAUUAUCGAUUAUUGGUUCAAUAGAAUAAUAAUUGAUUUUUUUGUCC